UCGGAAGUGAAAAAGAAGGAAGAUAGAAGGACAGUGAAAGCAAGCUAAAGAUAGGUGAGAAGAUAGGCUGAGCUGUUUUAAACUUGUCUUGCACCCGAGAUAAACUUACCGGUCUAUUCUUUCAGUGGAGUAGUGCAGUAACGCUCGCUGUGGAUGUUCUUCUGUUAGCAUGCCUGCUAAAACAAAACAGCAUCGUAAAGGAGGGAUUAAAAAUACAAAAAGAUUAUUACACAUAAACAUUUACAACAACAUCUGCCGUCUGUAAGUCCUCAGUGUGCAACAUUUGAGAAGUCGAUACUUAAGAACUUUAUCAAGGCUGAGUGUUCAGGGUUCAGAAUGCCACUGUGAUUUGGAAAAGUCACAGAUCAUCUGCCAUGCUGGACAUGCUGAAGAGCCCAUAUUGUGUUUCAUUUGUAAAUAUGAGACCAUUGUUAAAUACAAUGCAUGCAUGUCUAAGUCUGCUGCCACCCUGAAGCUCAUGAUGGAUCUCUCCAUGACUGUCUUAAGCUUGAAGGAGUGAACCUUUGGAUAUUUGAGCAAGAUGGAAGAAGAAAUGGCUGUACAUUGGGAUACAGUAGAGGAAAGCAGUGGCCGUGGACCGCCCGUUGUUUCUCAGGCCAGUCCAUGUUAUGGAAAUGACAGCCAUGUGAUAUCGUCUCAAGGACCUGAGUGUGAACAUGAGACGGCCGAUCAUUUUGAUUGUGAAUUCCCUGAAGAAGACUUUGAUUUGGAAGUAUAUGAGAAUGAAGAGCAAAAUAGCAAUGAUUUGAAUGAUGAUCAAGUGCAAGAUGGGAUUUCUGAAAAAGAUAAGGAGAAAUCUGAAAGAGGAGAGAAAAAUGAAAUGGAGAAUGAGUUUAGAGGCAAUGGAGAGUCGAGAUCCCGCAAUGCUGGAACUGGUAAGAAAGGAAAGUCCAAAAAGAGUGGAUUAGGGCAGGGGCCUUGCGAUCAAACCCCAUCAUGGACAUCUCCAUCUUCCAUGCCUCAUAAAUCCUUCCUUGCGUCCUCUGGGCCUAGCAGACACAAGCAGGUGAGGCGACGGAACCACCAUCUGCACAAUCACAGCCGUGUACGAAGGAAAAAUGGGAUCCAGCUGGUCAUGGUGUGUCGGGAUUUCCUGGCAGAAUUUGUCAGCCCCUGGUGCAUUUCCUGCAUCCAUAUGGUCGUGGAACUCAUAAUCUCUUUGACCCACCGCUGUGGGGUUGCUGUUGAAUCAUCUGCGCUUGCACUAUAUAACUUUGGAACACAUAUGCUUUGUAAAGUCACAGAUAUUCCAGGCAUGACACAAGAUUUGAGGCAAGUCCUGGACUGGAGCUGGUGUUCAGGUGUAGCUUUAAUGGAGGGCAUUGGCAGAUCUGCGCGUUGGGCUCAACAUGCUCUUCUUUCCAGUUUGAGAUUUGUCUGUGCUAUACUAAGUGCUGGCUCUCAUAUGAUGAGGUGUAUUUUGGGAAGGCUGGGAGGAGAGCGAGGCAGGAAAUGGUGGCUUGCCCUUCAAAGCAGCAGGAUUUGGAGAAAAAUGUCAGAUCUGACCACGAGGAUUCAUGGUUGUUUCUUUAAAAAAGGCGUCAUAAAUGAAAGCUCAAAUCCAGAGUCUCCCAACAGAGGCGCAGACAAGUGGCAACCUGGCGAAGAACUGCAGAGACUGCUGGCACUAGCCAAGAUCCCUGAAGAGGAGUUGGACCCAUUUAAUGUUCUUGGAGUGGAUAUUCAUGCCACCGAAUCAGAACUCAAGAGAGCUUAUAGACAGCUGGCAGUACAGGUUCAUCCAGACAAAAACAAGCACCCAGGUGCUGGCGAGGCCUUCAAGGUGUUAAGAGCGGCGUGGGACAUUGUCAGUAACCCAGAGACUCGGCGAGAAUAUGAAUUGAAGCGUAUGGCAGCUACAGAGCUUUCAAAAUCCAUGAAUGAGUUCCUGACCAAACUGCAGGAUGACCUGAAAGAAGCCAUGAACACAAUGAUGUGCACUAAAUGUGAAGGCAAGCACAAGCGCUUUGAAAUGGACCGUGAGCCUGGUGAGGCCAGAUUUUGUGCUGAAUGUAGUAAAUGGCACAGUGCUGAGGAGGGAGACCUGUGGGCUGAAUCUAGUAUGCUGGGACUGCGUAUCACAUACUUCGCCUUCAUGGAUGGCAAAGUCUUUGACAUCACUGAGUGGGCAGGCUGUCAGCGUAUAAGCAUCUCUCCAGACACACAUCGCGUGCCAUAUCACAUCUCUUUUGGCUCUAAAGGUAGCAGCGGCACCAGCCGCCACAGGUACCCACUUCUGACUUUUUUCAUAAAUCCCCCCCCAGAUCACGCACCAGGUGGUGGCUCACCUGCAGACCUGCAGGACUUCUUCAACCGCUUCUUCCAGGGUGGAGCUCCCAGUGACAUGUCUGCUAAUGGAGGAUUCUUCCCAACAGGAAACCCGCCUCAUCAUUCCUCUGGAGCAGCUGCAGGGACUUCAACAAUGUUUUCAGGAUCUUCUCCACACACAGGGUUCUUUAACCCAGGGGCCCAACGGGCUGACCCCAGCGAACACUGGACUGAUGGAGGAAAGCCCCCACGCCGGCGCAAGAAAGUUCGUAAGCCAUUCCAGCGCUGAGAAAUGCAAUAUUAUACAGAGAUGGAGUGCUGUCUGUUGCCAUGUUUUGAUGUGAUAUUGGCCAACUAGUGCAACAAAAUGAGGACACCCUUUGACCUCUGAGCAUUUCAGUGUUGGCGCUUUGAAGCUUCCUGAUGCAGAAUGAAAUGGCAACAUCAGAUUUCAUAAAGGAGCAAGCAAAGAAGGAUGCAAGACGAUCUUUGCGAUUUCAUGUUUGAAGUCCUUUUUUGUUUUUAUGUUUUUGUUUUUUGUUUUGUUUGUUUUUUUGACACAAAUUAACCUACAUUCAAUUAGAAAUUUCUUUCAGGAAACAGAAGGACUCAUGAGUCAUGAGUAGAUUUCCUGAUGUAUCUGAAGAAUCGUUGAAUGACCCACCGUUAAAAACUGUCACUGUUUACUCAACUGCAUGUUGUUCCAAACCUUUAUACCUUUCAUUUUUGCUUUGGAUCUUCUCACAGCUUUUUUCAGUACAAUGUCAAGCUCCUGGGAGAAGAGAAAAUACCCAACAUCACAAAAGUAGACCAUGUGACUUGUGUAUUCUACAUUUCACAUUUCAAGUCUUCUGAAGACUUCAGAUAGAUUUUACAACAACCAAAGACCCAAAUUUAAGCUAUUUACAGAUUAUGGUAAACAUAGCUAUUAAAUUUGGCUCAAGUUUGAUAUGGUCAUGGGAUACAUAAGCAAUGGUGUUUAGUAUUAUUGAAGGCAAACCUUUUGUAGUCCAUUUCUGAGCUUCAGGGUUUUAGUAGCAAAUUAUUAUUAUUAUGAUUAUUAUUAUUAUUUUGACAGAUGUGGUUGCUAUGAACCUCUUAUUCCCCACCCCAAAAGAAAAACAAAACAAAAAAAAACGCAUCAGAGUUUGAAACGACAUGAGGAGGGUAAUAAUGACAUUUUUGUUUUAAGGUGAAGUUUUACUUUAAAAAUGUUUCUGCUUUUGUCAGGCUUGAAAUGCUGAAUCUGAUGGAAAAUGUUAUGUUCACAAUGUGGCUAAAUGUUUUGUAAUAUAUUAACACAUAACGAUUAAUGUAUAAGUCACACACAGACCUCAGGGAUGACAUUUUUUUCAUCUGCUACUAGUAAGAGAACAGGAAAAAGACAUAGCUGACAUUUUCUGAUGUUCCUGGGCUUAUGGUAUAGAGUUCAUGCAAUCCUGAGGAAUCAUUUUACGAGUUACUCGAGCAGUUCAUAUUAAAACAGUUUUUUUUUUUUUUUCAUUGUUUAAAACCACUUGUUUAGGAGGUAAUUACCAAAUAUACAAAGAUAUUAUUGUACAAAUUACACACUAUGGAUUAAUAUUUCUAAAAUUGAUCAGCAACUGCUUACAUGAUAUGAAUGGAGCUUUGAGUCAGAAGAUAAAGGAAUCUAGUGGGAUUUUCACAUCAAAUGCUCUGCUUGCUAGCUGGAGCUCUUGAUUGAUUUGAUCUAUGUUUUUGUCCAUGUAGUGCAUCUCUGGAGCAGGAAUAGCCUCCAAUGUGCAUUAUAUUUAGAAUGAAAAUAUGAUACCAGUCAGAAAUUAAAUAAGAGUUAAAGCACAAAUGUAAUGGUGUGUAAACAUUGGAUGCAUAGGUUUUGCAUUCUAAAAAUUAGGUUUUUGAUUUGAAAAUUCAAAGCCUCCCUUUAGGAGGAAGUCCUGUUGUCACUUUUGUCCACUUUUUUUAAUACUCAGGAAUCAUUUUAAAAGACAGUUGUUUCAUUCAUCCACCAGAGAUGUCAUUUUAGAUGUCAUUGUCCAAACAUGACAUUUUUUUUUUCCAUUUGUUUUUUUUUUUCCUUUAUUACAGUACACCCAAUAUACUUUGACUGCUUUCCCUCUGUACAGCUGAACAUAAAACCGUACUAAUACAUGAGUGUUCAGUUUCAUGUGUUUUUACGUUUUCGAGAUGCUUUCAGGAACUUCUUGUUGUACUUAAAACUCCUGAUAAAAGCACUUGUUAAACAACAGAAAUCCCAAGAAUAAAAUCAUUUAAAGAGACUCCAGAAAUCAAAUUAAAUUGUUGUUUUGCUCUUUGUCAA